CGAGCCGGCGGCUUGGGCGGGGCCGCUGCCUGAGUGUCAUUUCCUGUGUCUCCUUGAACACCAGCAUGCAGAUCUCCGUUCCUGCCUGAGCUCAUAUUCCAGAGACACUUCCGCAUCGCUGCUGUAACUGGGAAGUACAAUUCUGUUCCUUUUCACUGCUUGCCUGCAUAUAUCGUUGCCUUCGUUUACAGUUUACAAAAUACUUCCUACUAACAGCAAUUCUAGUCACACACGCUGUUUAGCGCUCUGAUUCCGUUUAUCUCCAGUGCUACCUUUUGUACCAUUCCUCAUUUGUGUGUUCAGACACCUAGUAGGGGCUGCCUUUUACGCUGUGCAUUUAUCUGAUCAGUGAGUUCCUAAGUUUGUUCACAGUUGACCUGAGUCAACAUACAGGAAAUGUAAAAGAUCUUUUAAAAGUAAUUAUUAUGCUGAUUACCUAGUGAUACCUUAGGGACUCUAAUCCUCUAGAUAGUGAUCUUACACUGCUGAUGAGUGCCUGGAAGCAUUUUGUUGCCUUUGCUGAAUGGGGUUAUCUGGAACAGAUGCUCUUUGAAUCCUCUGAACAGAACACUUACUUAUACAUGAUGAUGAAACAGAUGAUAAAAACUGGAUUCCGCCGAGUAGUUCACCUUUGUAACAAUAAAAUAAAUAUUUGCCAGGAGCUCAAAUACUAUGAUAGGGGGCCUUUUAAAUUAGACAUCUAUUUUAAUUAUUUCAAAGUAAAGUAUGAGAUAGUAUAACCAUUUAAUUUGCAGGGAAAAAAGUAGUUUACUACAUUUGUAACAAUAUUGAGACGUUUCUGAAGUACAGCAAGUGUUCUACAAGCAGUUCAAGUUUGCUUUAUUUUUCCUUGGAAGUGUUUAUAUUCUUAACAACUGUCAAACUCGGCUAAUGUGGCUUUAUGGGCUCCUAUUUAUAAACACAUGCCUAUUUGUCAAGAAGAGAGGUGGAAUUCACAAGGAUUUUAUAAAGAUAGCAUUGUGCUGAGAAAAACUCCAGUUGUGCAUUCUGAAAAAUAUCCUUCCUGACACCUAGAGGCGAUCAGCAAAAAUGCUGAAAGCCCACAGACCCAACUCGUCCAAAGAAAGGGAAGGCAAAUCCAGCAAGCGAGGGAUUCUUCCAACAAAGAAAAUCUUAUGCAACGUUUGGGUUGGCGUUGCACUAUCAAAUAAGCAAAAAUUACAGCACAGUGCAGCCACUCUUGUGAAGCUUUCUGUACACAUUGCACCUAUGUCUGUAGAAAGUGAGCAAGAAAUAACUUGUGUUUGCAUAUAUAACCUGCCAUGAAAUAUUUUAUGUUAGUUCAAUUCAGAGAUAUAAGAAAAAAACCCAAAACGUUUAUUUAUUCUAGAUUAUGGGGUGCACAACAAACAUCGUGCAGACCACAUAAAAGUUGGUUUUAGUGGACUAAAAUAAAAUAAAAAAAAUGAAAAGACCUUAAAAGUCAGUGCAAACCCAUGAAUCUGGUACUUGCAGAUGAUGUAAAAACACUUCUGGUCUUUGAAAGUCAGUUUUUUAGUAACUUGGUCCCACUGAAGUUUGGAUUUAAGAGCUCAGAGAAUUACCCUAAAUCCAGGGCUUACAAAACUUUUAUUUUCAGCGAUGCACUCUCCAGUGAGUGCAGGUGGGUUUCUGUGAAGAGCUGACAACCGUGGUCAUGAGGCACAUUUGAGGGAAGCCCUUUUGAACACAGCUGUUUCCACCUGAAAGCGCUUCAAUUAAAAUCACCUGCUGCUUUUAAAGACUUUAUUAAGCCACACCUGAGGCGGUGUGGUCGUUUUGCUAAGUAACUACAUGCAAUUUUCAAACUUUGUCUGCAGAAGGAGUGCCAUCAACUGACUGAAACACUUUCUGGUGCGAUUUUAAUGCCCGAGCAGGGAGGCUGCCGGGUUCCCUGAGCUCAGCCCGGUUCCGAGACUGCCUCAGCCCUCACCAGCGAACUUCGGCCAUUGCAGCCCCUCAGCGGGCAGCUGUGCGCGCGCGCCCUUCCUCCCCUACCACGGAGGAGCUGCUCCCCGCUCUUGAACGGGCCAAGUCUCGCCCGGGGCGGGGUGGGGGCAGGACCGACCCGCCGCGUCCGGCGAAGCGCCGGGCCUGGCCUCACAGCCUCCGGGACACGUUUCCGCAGCGCCGCGGCCGCCUACCGCCCGACUUACCACGCACCGGCCGCCUCCCGCCCGCCUCUUACCACGUGACGCGGCUCCUCCUCUUCUCUGUGGCCGCGCGGCGUCGCUGUCCGGGUAUUUGAACCGCGCUUCCGCCAUCUUCCCAGCGCCUCGGCACUGAGCGGAGCGGCGCGGAGAGACGCCCCGGGAAAGACCCAGCAUGGCCGCCCAGGGAGAGCCCCAAGUGCAGUUUAAGCUUGUCCUAGUUGGUGACGGUGGCACUGGUAAAACAACAUUUGUAAAACGUCAUUUGACUGGUGAAUUUGAAAAGAAGUAUGUAGCAACGCUGGGUGUUGAAGUUCAUCCUCUGGUGUUCCAUACUAACAGAGGCCCUAUUAAAUUUAAUGUAUGGGACACAGCUGGACAAGAGAAAUUUGGUGGUCUGCGAGAUGGCUAUUACAUCCAAGCUCAGUGUGCCAUCAUAAUGUUUGAUGUAACAUCAAGAGUUACUUACAAGAAUGUACCUAAUUGGCACAGAGAUCUGGUACGAGUAUGUGAAAACAUCCCUAUAGUGUUGUGUGGCAACAAAGUGGAUAUUAAGGACAGAAAAGUCAAGGCCAAGUCCAUUGUCUUCCACAGGAAGAAGAAUCUCCAGUAUUAUGACAUUUCGGCUAAGAGUAACUACAACUUUGAGAAGCCUUUCCUCUGGCUUGCUAGAAAGCUAAUUGGAGAUCCUAACUUGGAGUUUGUUGCCAUGCCUGCUCUUGCACCACCUGAAGUUGUUAUGGACCCAGCACUGGCAGCACAGUAUGAGCAAGACUUACAGAUUGCUCAAACCACUGCACUGCCAGAUGAAGAUGAUGACCUGUGAAGGAUGAAGCUGGAGCCCAGCGUCAGAAGUCUAGUUUUAUAGGCAACUGUCCUGUGAUGUCAGUGGUGCAGCGUGUUUGCCACUUUAUUAUCUAGCUGAGCAGAACAUGUGCUUAAUCUUUGGGAUGCUGAAAGAGAUGAAUGGGCUUCGGAGUGAAUGUGGCAGUUAAAAAAAAAAAAGAAAAAAAAAAAAGAAAAAAAAAAAACCAAAAUUAAAAAAAACCCCUAAAACAAAACACUUCAUAUUUUGGACCUGCAUAUUUAGCUGUUUUUUGGACUGCAAUUACUUCCCCUUUUGAGUUUCAAAUAUAAGACUGCUGCAGUCACAUCAGAGUGUUAAGUGGUAAAUCUUGUUUCUGUCAUUCCCAUUCUUUUUUGUUUAGAUAAUAAAGUUGUAUUUCAAAUAUCUCUAAGCAAGUGAACUUCUCAUGCAUUGUUAGGAAAGCCCUUCAAAGUGUCUCCUGUUCUUUGGUUGAGGGUAAUACUUUGUCUGCUGCAAUUCUCAUUCUCUGUUCUUCUUUUCCCUCCUGCUUCUCAUGUUACACUACUCUUGCUAAAUCAGAGCUAACAGUUAAUCUUCCCUCAAUUUCCUGAAGCAGAUAAAGCACCUGAGGAAAGCUGAACUGCCUGCAGGUAAAACUAAAACAGUGAACACUUGACUGGUAAGCACGGCUGGAUCAACAUUCUUGUGGCAAUGGGAAUGUGUGUGGUCUGCAGGGUGUUUGGAGGGAAAAGUGUGUAGUUCUGAUUAUGUAUGCUACCAUUAGAUACAGUCUUUGGAAUCUUUAACUUCAAAUAUGUUCUACAGUAUGCUUUCACAGAGCUCUGUGUUUUUAGUAGCCAGAAACCAAUGUCACCUGGGUCUUCUAGGUGACUUAGAAGCUGUAUCUUUGCAUGGAACAUCAUUCAGUAGAGCUAUAGCUGAUUAAACAAGCUCUUUCUAAGCAUUGUAAAAUUCACUAACUAGAAAACAGCUGUAGUUUGAGCUAAAAAGCUCUCAGCUACAAAACAGCAUAUUAACUAAGACCACAUUUAUAUAAAUAUCUAGACUUUACUGUAACUGCAACAAGUUCUUAAUUUGAAACUAGCUUAUUACAGCACAAAUGGUGGAAAAUGUCAACACUACCUUGUAGAGAUGAAUCUUGGUCAACAUUAGUACUCCUAGUAAACAAAACUGAGUUGAAAAUAUAAUUUUUCAGUAGUGAUUGAGUAUAUGAAGCCUUGGACUCUUCAGUUUUGUAUUUUUGGUUUCUUAAUAAAGUGGAGCAUUUCAUUUAUUCCUUUUAA